GGAGCUGACGGAUAAAUUUAACUGCAUUUUGUCUGCCAAAGAGCUUAGUCUCUGGGCCUCAGGUUGGACAGAAAGAUGGAAGGGUUGAACACACGUACUGUCCUGGUGACUGGCUCCAACCGGGGCAUUGGCUUGGAGAUAGUCAAGCAGCUGGUUGGACAAGGCAAUCGGCCAGCUUGCAUCUUUGCCACUUGCCGGGACCCAGAAGGACCAGGUGCCCAGGAGUUGAGGAAUUUAGCUGCCAAACACCAGGGAAUAGAGAUAAUUCCACUGGACACCUGCAAACUACCCACCAUCAAGGCUGCCGCAGCUAGAGUUACUGAGAAGUUAAAUGGAGCUGGGUUGAAUCUGUUGAUUAACAAUGCUGGGAUUUUAAAGCUAAGCACUGUGGAAUCAGAGACAGAGGAGAACAUGGCUCAGGUGUACAAGACCAAUGUGAUUGGGCCCAUGCUGGUGAGCCAGGCGUUCCUGCCCUUGCUGAGGAAGGCAGCUCAAGAAAGCCCCCAGAAAGGGAUGAGCUGUGGCAAAGCAGCCAUCGUCAACAUGUCCAGUGAAUGCGGCUCCAUCACAAACCUCUUUGCCUGGGAAUUUGAUCAAGUCAUCUCUUACCGUUGCAGCAAGACUGCUCUGAACAUGCUCACACGCUGCCAGUCCCAGGGGUUUGCCAAAGAUGAGAUCCUGUGCAUUACGUUCCAUCCUGGGUGGCUGCAAACAGACAUGGGAAAUCAACUGGGACCGCCCCCGCUGACGCUGGAGUGCAGUGUGCGAGGGGUCCUGAAAACCCUGGCUGGUCUCUCUGAGAAGGACAAUGGCGCUUUUGUGAACUGGGAGGGCAAAAACCUUCCCUGGUGAUACACCCAAAGGCCUGCUUGCGUGCGCUGCAGGAGGGCUCCCUCAUCACAGGCAGCGUGA